AGUCCUUCCUCCUCUCUACCUGUUUAGUGGUUAAAGAUGGCGGAAGCUCCUCCAUGGCCCAGCCGGUUCUUCUGCCACAGAUGCUCCGCGGAGAUUAGUCCUCGGCUUCCCGAGUAUACAUGUCCGAGAUGUGACUCUGGGUUUAUUGAGGAGCUGCUGGAGGAGAGACGUGCUGACAAUGGCUCCAUGUCUACCAUCUCCAGCGGGCCCCAGAACCAGCAACCAUUUGAGAAUCCGGACCAGCACUUGUUUACAUUCCCCUCUGGCUACGGCCAGUUUGCCCUGGGUGUCUUUGACGACCGCUUCGACUUCGGGGCUGGCCUGGGAACGGAGGAUAACAGGGAUGCUGAGAACAGGCGAGAAAGGGAAACGGCAUCGCGGCAACGAUACGGUGCCAGGCAACCGAGGAGUCGUCAUGGUUCAAGGCGACAAGCGGGGAGGCAAGAGGGAGUUCCAACUCUAGAGGGAAUCAUCCAGCAACUAGUGAAUGGAAUAAUUGCACCCACUGCAAUGCCAAAUAUUGGUGUUGGACCCUGGGGUGUUCUUCACUCAAAUCCUAUGGAUUAUGCCUGGGGGGCUAAUGGACUAGAUGCAAUUAUAACUCAGCUAUUAAACCAGUUUGAGAACACGGGACCUCCGCCCGCCGAUAGGGAUAAAAUAAAAACUCUUCCUACAGUACAAAUUACAGAGGAGCACGUUGCUUCAGGACUGGAAUGUCCAGUGUGUAAAGAAGAUUACAGCGUCGGAGAAAACGUGAGGCAGCUCCCGUGCAAUCACAUGUUCCACAAUGAUUGCAUAGUCCCCUGGCUGGAACAGCAUGACACGUGUCCAGUGUGCAGGAAAAGCUUGUGUGGACAGAACACGGCAACGAACCCUCCAGAUCUAUCAGGGAUGAACUUUACCUCCUCUUCCUCUUCUUCCGCCUCCUCAUCUUCCUCGACUCCUCAGUCCUCGAGUUCGGCCAGCAAUGAGAACUCCACUGAUAACUCCUAGAGGGCCGUUUUGUCCUCGUCGGCCCUACGAGCUGUUUAUAGCUCCUGGGCUGCGGUGACCUCCAGUCUCUCCCUGCUGAAGGGCCAAGGCCCGAGUGCAUCUCGCCAGGAGCACUCGAGCCUGAUUAGGGAGGGAGGGGGGGGGCAACUGAUACGCCAGGUCCACGUCUUUCUGCCCGUCCUGUUGCUCCCAUCUUCGUCAGGGAUCCGAACAAAGGAAGGGCGGAGGCCUGGAGUGCAGCUUCUGUCGGGAGGAGGGGAGGAUGUAGAGAAGCGUGGAAACUUCAAGGGGCUCGAUCUGCCUGAAUCACCUCGCAAAGGAAGAGAGAACAAAAGAAUCCAAAGGUAAAAGACUCGGGACAACAAGACAGUCGUGGUUCUUUCUUUUCUUUUCUUUUUUUUUAUCCAGGCUGUGUGAAAUUUGAAAUUACCCACUUUUGCUAAUGAAGCAAAAAGAACUGUACAUGUAUUCCUUUUUAUAAGUAGUAUUCAUAUCUCACAGAUAAUAUGACCCAAAGUGCACUGUAGUGCACUGUUAAACAUUUCUUCUUGGUUUAGAAUGAUACUACAUUUGACUCCUUUUUUUUAAAAAAUCCAUAAAAAAAUCAAAAUUGAUUGAAAUGAUUACCUGACACUACACGGGUACAACUGUUUGCACUUGAAAUGAUGCGGUAAAUUGCAGUAAUUCUGUGCCGUUUGGGUAUUGAUGCCGGAUUUCAUCGCGAAAUUACAUGCAUACAGAUUUUGUUAUCUGCAAGUCUAAAACACUCAGAAACUUGUUGAAGCAUUUUUGGGGAUUUUAAAAGUAAAGGUUAUUACAUAUUUUCUGAAGUUGACUAUUGAUUUGCAGUAUGAUUGUGUAAAAAAAAAAAAAAAAAAAAAUAGUGAUAUGAAAAUAAAGCUGUUUUUGUGUGCUACCACUCAA